AUGAUCAGAUGGGCUGCUGGAGGGAGUAAGGCUGCCUCUGCCUCGUCCUGCUCCAGGGCUGGGUUAGGGGCUCGUUCUGGCUCUGGGAUCAGCUCCAGGUUAAGGUCCUCAACACUGUUUUCCUCUCUGUCUUUGCCUCUCCUGCUAGCCCUGGUGGUUUUCUCCUUCUCCCUACCCGGGGCAGCCUGCCAUCAGCUCCGCAGAGACAGACUGAGGCUCGCCAACCCACGAACUCUCAGGGUUCCACUGAACAUUUCUGAGACUGAGGUUGUCUCUAAACCCAGGGCCACCGGGGGCCCCCUGGGUCGGACUGGGGGACCACAGGGUAGGCAUGUACGCAGCUACAAUCAUCUCCAAGGGGACAUACGGAAGAGGAAGCUGUUCUCUUUCCAGAAGUUUUUCCUGAGGAUCGAUAAGAAUGGAAAGGUCAAUGGAACCAAGAGCAAGGAUGACCCCCUCAGUAUUCUGGAAAUCACAUCAGUGGACGUGGGAGUGGUGGCCAUCAAAGGGCUGAACAGCAACUACUAUCUGGCUAUCAGCAGGAAGGGAGAGCUGUACGGAGCGAGUGAGUUCGGCGUCGACUGCACCCUGAAGGAGCGGAUUGAGGAGAAUGGCUACAACACGUACGCAUCAGCCGAGUGGAGGAACAAGAAGCGGCAGAUGUUUGUGGGUCUAAACGUCCACGGGAAGCCACUGAGAGGGAAGAAAACCCGCAGGAAGAACACGGCCACCCACUUCCUUCCAAUUAUGGUGUGAACUGUAGAACUCAACUGGAGAGGGCAAAUAUGCAGCACUGGACA